AUGAAUAUUGACGUUUCUGCUGGCCAAAAACUGAAACACAUCGGUAAGCCUAGAGAAGUUAGCUCAUCUGCACACUCUUCAAAUGAAGCAUUGAGAAGUAUUGGCUCACCAGGUGUGGUUUUCCUACGUACAAACUGGCAGAUCCAGGGAUACUUGCUAGAGCAAGCUGAUGCUCUUGAAAAGCAUUGCAGCUCCUUUCCUCUAAAUGAUUUCGAAUCAAUUCUAAAGCAGCUUCAGAAACUGGCACCGGAGUUACAUCGUGUUCACUUCUUACGUUACUUGAAUAGUCUUUAUCAUGAUGACUAUCCUGCUGCCUUGGAAAAUCUUCACCGUUACUUUGAUUACAGAAAGUCCAGAAUUGCUGAGUUUGUCUCUAACGGAAUUUUGGAGUUUCCGUCUUGGUUCUAUCAUGUGAUGCUUCCUGAUAUUUCCUCUCUUGCUUCUGUUGAAACUUGUCAUGCAUUUGAUUUGCCUAAAAAAGGGACCGAAGGAUUCGAUUUUGUUCCGCCUUCACCUGGAUGCAGUAGUUUUGGAAGAUACGAAGUUGCUUUAUUAUGUUUGGGAAUGAUGCAUUUUCACUUUGGGCACCCUAAGCAUGCUUUGGAGGUUUUAACUGAAGCAGUUCGGGUUUCCCAGCAGCACAGCGAUGAUACUUGUCUUGCCUACACAUUAGCAGCCAUUUGCAACUUGUUGUCUGAUAUUGGUAUCUCAAAUUCAACUGGAAUUGUUGGAUCAUCAUACUCAUCCGUGGCCAAUAUUGGCACUUCGCUGUCCAUUCAGCAACAAUUAUUUUUGCUCUUGACAAGAUCCCUGAAGAGAGCAGGAAGUUUAAAGUUAAAGCGGCUGGUGGCUUCUAACCAUCUUGCAAUGGCUAAAUUUAAUCUACUAGUAAGAAUUUGA